AUGCGCACCCAAAAAGACGAUACAACUGUACAAGUUCCAUCAUGGGAGCACACACGUCAUGCCAUGGCAUAUUUGGAUUGGUCCAGCGCUGGGGUGCAGGAGAAUAAGUUAUCGUCUACAUCGAUAUAUGUCUGGAAUUUCCAUCAUUUUUUCUCCACAUGCUCCACUGCCUUGCUAUCUCAUCUACUAAUUAGUCUCUGUAGUCGCCAAAGAUCAGUUGAUGAAAUUAUCCGGAGCACUAAGAUGGGCUUUCCUUUCUUUACAAACACACCAUUGAAGCUCCAAUUGAAGCCAAUGUUAUUGAUAACACAAUCACUUGGAUUGUUGGGAAAAGCUUCAUUCCUAUGGAUUUUGACUUCUACAAAACUAAAGGAGCAUAGUUCUUGUGCGUUUUACACAUGUUUCAGAGGUACCUUGCCAUAUUUCAAGUAAAGGAGGAAAUAGGGGAUAAGGUGAUAUACCUUUAAAUUUUAAUGUUAUUGUGACUUUGUGAUUGUGUCAUUAUUUAUCAAUGUUUUAAAAAUUGGUUUAAAAAGAUCGGUCCAAUCGGUUUAGACCAGGAACCGGUGAAGGUAGCGGUUCAGUUAGCAUUACUUAUUUUAUAACCUUAACAAAUCGUCCAGUUUUUAUAAAAACCAGGUUGAACUGGUUAGGUUAAAUCGGUUAAACAUGUUAAAUUGAAUAAAAACCAUAAAAAUGAAACAUUUUGCAUAAUAAAUGUAAUGUCCUGGGC